AAAUUCCAUUUUAAGCACGUAUUUUUAAUAGGUUUAAACAUUUUUGAGAGACUGAGAGCUUGUAAAGACAAUGCCAAAUGCCCGCCCACUGUGCGGUGGUCAAUUGCAGCGAUAAAUAUGUACAUUCCGGCAGCAUAUCCUUUCACAGAUUUCCAUUUAAGCGCAAGGAUUUGCUGCAGAAAUGGAAGGAUUUCACUCAACGCAGUGGCCAAUGGAUGCCCUCGAAGUGGAGUGCGGUGUGCAGUCGCCAUUUCAGCGAUUCCGACUUCAAUUGCAGCAACAAUCGCAAAACGUUGAAAAAGAAUGCGGUGCCCACGUUGCGACUGCUGCCCGAGGAUGCUGAAUCCCGGCAAGUGGAGCAACAGCGACAGCAGCAGUCGGCGCCAGCAGCAGCGACUGAAACCCCAACGAGCAACUGCACCAAGAGCACGUGUCGCUUUUGUGGCAACACGGCGCCAAAUUGUGUGUCCUUCGACAAGAGUUUCGAGCUCUUUGGCAUGAUCCAGAAAUGUUUUCCCACACUCCAAAUCCUGCAGGAUGAUACACUGCCGCUGCCGAAAGAUAUUUGUGGCGAUUGCUGCAGGCAGCUGCAGCGCUUCUCGCAGUUCUGCGAUGUCGUGAUGCUGGCACAAAGUGAACUCCAGCGUAAAUAUCGGCGACAGCUGAAGAUCAAACAGGAGCCGGUGGUGCGUGUGAAGCAGGAGGCAUGCGAGAGUCUCGACAAUCUCUUUCCCGACGAGCUGGACAUGGGCCUGGACGAGGCGUGCUGCGAUCACGAGCCGGAGCCACACGAUGAGACCGAACAGAAGUUUCAAUUCUGUGAUUUCAAUCCGCAGGACAUCAUCAACAAUUGUGAUAUUAUGGAGAUUAUCAACCUGGAUGAUCCAUUUAUCAAUAUAACCGAUGAUGCAGAUGUGCCGCAGCCCGUGCCCGUAUUGCCCACAGCGCAGGAGUUGCUGCAAUCGGAGCUGCUCACCGAGGAGCACAACUAUGCCAAGGAGGAUUGGCCGUUGCAGCAAUAUAAAACGGAGAAAGUGGAGGGCAUUGAAUUGAAUGAAGCAGUUGCUCCUCCUCCAGCUGCUCCAGCUCCAAGUGAGACGCGCAGCUGCAAGCCAAUUGUCACCAAUGUCAGCCAGAUACCGAAUCCGAUGAUCUGUGAACUGUUGCCACCGCCAGCGACGAGCAACAAGCCCAACAUUGUCGUCCUCAACGAUAGUGUGGUGCAAUCCUCGGCAUUCCGUCUCCACGAUUGCAGCCUGUGUAGCACUAAAUUCUUUACGGCGGAGAGUCUGCAGCAGCAUUAUGCACAGGCACAUGGCACGCCCACAGAGACGCCGCCAUCUGCUCCCCCUCCUCCUCCUUCAGCACCUGUUGCUGCUCCUCCUCCAGCACCUACUCCUGCCGCUGUUCCUCCUCCUCUGCCGGCUCCAACUGCUGUUCCUCCUCAAGCACCUGCUCCUCCUGCUCAUCCUCCUCCCGCUCCCAUGGUUAGCGUUCCUCCUCUAAACAUCAGUCUCUCCAGUGCAGGCAGCUCCCUUAAGCUGGAGGCCAGCAGCUCCUUGUCGCUACCAGCUGCCGCUGUGGACUACUGGCAAGCGGAUUGGUGGCCGGCUGCUCAGUUACCGGCCAAGACAAAGAUCGAUAUACUGGAUAUGCAGCGCAGUUUUCUGCAUUGCAACGAUCUCAUUGCCAUGCCACCAGCAGUGAGUCAUCAGCAAUCAGUCGAUGUGCAGCCACUGGCCUAUGCCAAGUUGGCGGCACGUUUCCGCCGGCUGCAACACAAGUGCCGUCAGCUGCGGCAGCAACAACAACAGCGUCAACAUCAUCCACAUCCCGCUAAUCAUCGGCUGCAUUGCGGACGCUGCAAACGUGGCUUUGGCAGUGUGCAACUACUGUUGCAACAUCGUCGCAGGAGGCGACAUUUUGUGGUGCCACCGCAACGUACAUUUGCCGUGCGCUGCUUUGGCUGCCUGCGACUGUUUCGCACGCGUCUUGGCCUGCGUCAGCAUAUGCGUUACAUCUGCCAAUCGCUGCCUUUGCGCAAUGCUCGGCUGCAGAGCUACAAGUGCCGGCACUGCCAGAGCAUCAGUUUCACCCACUGGCGCGUCUAUCGGCGGCACGAACUCAAGUGCAAGCAGCGGCAGGCGAACAGCAGCAGCAGAAAUCGCCAUUCUGGCAAACGACGCAGAUCGCAUCCGGUUCAAAGAACCCACCACAGUUGCGGCAUUUGCCAGAAGAUCUUCGGUUCGUUGACGGGUUUGAAGCAGCAUCGGAUUACGCACAGCUCGGAGCGACGCUACAAGUGCAGCAUCUGUGAGCGUGUGUUCAAGCGCCGCAAUGGUCUAUCCCAGCACAUCAGAGGCUAUCAUAUGCAGUUCAAGCCGCACGAGUGUCCUGUGUGCCAGCAUCGCUAUGCCCUCAAGGGCGACAUGCUGCGCUGCCGGCACUCGCAGCGACGGGGCGCCAGUGCCAACGAAACUGAGCAGGCGAAGACUGUUCAGCAUUAGUUCUAUUCCUUUUUGUAUAAGCAAUCUAUUAAGUAUAUAAAUAUAAAACAAUUCAAAAUA